CCUCGUGACCCACGAGUAAGAGCCAGAGAGCGGAAAUGCAGUCUAUUAAAAUCUUUCAUUCAGGGAUAAAGUUAUAUUAAUUUACAGUUCAAUUUGAUUGUGAUAACUGGAGGGAUGAAUGCAUUAACCGGAAAGGUUUUGCUCAUGCAGAACACCCGGGCCUUGGUCCAGGCUGUAUCACUCAUUCGCUCACCUGCAUUAAAGCAGCUGGUGUCACCAGGUGUCCUUCUGCCUGAUAGACAGUACAGAUCCAUGCCUACACAUGGGAUUGGUCGAUACAAGUAUCUCCUUCCAAAGGAGAUGCAAAGGAAGAAGAAGGAAAAAGUUCAGAUGAAGGAGAUCAAGGCAGCGACGGACACUGAGUACGGUAUGUUGAACAUCACUGUCUCUGGCUAUGACAUGACCCUGGUGGAACAUUACACUCAGUACAUCCAUAAACUCUGCAACCGCCUUGAUAUCAAAGUUUGUGAAAGUUACGCCCUGCCCACUAAGAGCACAGAAGUCAUGGUCAUGCCUGAGCAGGGCACCAAGAUGUACGUUGAUGUUGUACUCCGAACUCAUGAGCGGGUCGUUCAGAUAAGCGAAAUGAAGGCAACGCUGGCUCCUGUAUUAACUGAGGUCCUUCUCAAAAACCAACCAGAAGGAGUGCAGCUCUCCAUUAACGAGCACACCGAGGCAGAAUACAAAGCCCGGUUUAAGGCCAGACCAGAACUCGAAGGACUUCUAGCACAAAUGAGUUAAAAACGCAUUUGGAUCUGAAGAUGUAAUUUUGUUAUAAUAAAUGUGAGAGUGGAUUUA